CUCCCCUCCCUUACCGCCUGACUCGUAGCAUCACCGGCAGCGGAGAUGCUGUCAUAAAGAAUAAAAAUUCCUGUUUGCCCAUCCUGAGGGGGGCGUCGUGUUUUCUGAAUGGUGAUCGCGGUUAUAAUUCGUGAGUACGGGCCUGUGUCACCGGACGCGACGCUCCACACUGAUAAUAACGAGCCUCUUGUUGCCAUUUCUGUUUGGGCUGCCGAGGAUACGUGCGCAUCAUAUGUUAAGAGCUGUAGCGGGGGUCGAUGUGAAUAAUAGAUUUCCAUUUUUUUUUUCUCUCUCACUCGGAGGCUUUCCAAGGGCAUCGCUGAGCAAAGUGCGGCGGAGAUGUGCUCUAGCCCCUCUGACGGCUAGACGGAGCAAGUGAAGAGGUCAGCGUCUCUUCCAGCGCGUCGUUGAGUUCCCAGAGUUAUCGGUCGCAUCCAGGGUUGAGGCGCACCGCUCCAGACCAUCGCUCGGCUCACCGCCUGCUUUUUAGGAUGCGACGUCAUGACUUGAUCUGACAGAUGUUGCUGUGUUGCAGCUGCACAGACAGAGCUCCGCUUCUUCCUGCUGUUUAACCGAACGAGAGAAGAGGAGGAAGAAGAAGAAGAAGAAGAAAAAGAAGAAAGCCCGUUCGUGUGCUAAAUGUUCAGUCCUCGCUUCGUGCUCGGACAGAUCGCAGCGUUCGUUUAGUCUUCGGGAUUGCAUAAGAUGAUACCUGGAUCCGCCGCAUCAAUGCUACCGUCUGCAGAAGCUGCGAAACUGUACCAGACCAAUUACGUCCGCAACUCCCGUGUCAUCGGACUUCUGUGGGCCAUCUUCACUAUCCUGUUCGGCAUCGUUAACGUGACCAUCUUCUCGCAGCCCUAUUGGAUCGGGGAUGGCAUGGAAACGCCGCAGGUCGGCUAUUUCGGCCUCUUCCAUUAUUGCGUCGGGGACGGAGUCUCCAGAGAGCUGGCCUGCCAAGGCAGCUUCACCGAGUUCUCCGCCAUCCCCUCCAGUGCGUUCAAGGCCGCCUCCUUCUUCAUCGGAAUGUCUAUGAUGCUGGUCGUCACCUGCAUCGGCUGCUUCAGUCUCUUCUUCCUCCUCAGCACCUCCACCGUGUACAAGAUCUGCGGCUGGAUGCAAGCAGCGUCAGGUGUCUGUCUGGUGCUGGGCUGCAUGAUCUAUCCUGACGGCUGGGACAGCGACGAGGUCCGGCGGAUGUGCGGAGAGCAGACCGAUAAAUACAGCCUGGGGGCCUGCUCGAUGCGCUGGGCGUACAUCUUGGCUAUCAUGGGCAUCCUGGACGCCCUCAUCCUCUCCUUCCUGGCUUUCGUCCUUGGGAACCGGCAGGACGGACUCAUGACUGAGGAGCUGCUGGCCGAGAGCAAGGAGGGAGGAAACGCCUAACCAAAUCUUUAGGUUCCUGAACCCCCAUGUGUCUGUUUCCACAAAGUACCAGUACCCUCAACAUCAGCUCACCAGAGGGAGACAGUCCAGGUCUAUGGGGAAGAGAGAGGAAUAUUACUGAACCAGCCAGCCUGCCUGUCACACCGACCUGCCACAAAAAAAAAAAAAAAAAUUUUAAAAAUCCAGCUCAACCUACCUUUGAAGCUCAUCCGCCCUGCUCGCAGUCCUUACAUCAUCCCCAGCACUUAGAUGGAGCCCUAUGCACUUUUAUCCCAGUGUGUCUACAGAGCUAAUCCUUGCACAACAUUGCAUAGACCAUGGCAGGGGCAGAGACUGUUAUUCUGAUGUGAAAAAAUACGGACUACCUACCUGAGAAGACACAGGGUUGAUAUUGUACACUUUCAGCGCGAGCACAUACAACACACACACGCACGCACACAUACACGCACACACACACACUCUUACACCGAAAACAUUACCAACUUCUGUAAUUACAAGUAUUAAGCUAUGUUAACACUUAUCUGUGUGUGUCACUGUCAGAAUGCGUAUCAUGUUUUAUUUGUGAAAAGAAGAAACAUCUCUCUAUCAGAUAAUAUGGGGUUGAUGUAAAAUCUACUGUGCUUAAGUUCGACAACAAAAGGAAAGUUUUCAUUUCUUCUCUUGCUCAUAUACCCCGUGGUUCCCCUUAAUUUAGUAGGAAAAAAAAAUAUAUAAAUAUAUAUAUUUAAGACCGUUUUAUAAAAAAUACUAUUGUCCAAAAAAAAAAAGACUUGUAUUACAAAGUAUGUACAGUGAAUAUUUAAGAUGUUCUAGGAAUUUUAACUGAAUCAAUUAAAACACCCGGCUAUCUAACUUUGCACAGCGCUUCGGUUUGAGGAGAAAUCUCAUAUUUUAUAGUACGUGUAUCUACACUGUGAUUGUCUGACUACUGCAGGACUCUUAGCUACUGUGUGAGUGGGAAUCUGGGUGCGUGCGAAUGAGACGCGUGCAGCAGUUUGUCGGGCUAGUGAACCAAUAUCCGGGCUCUCACACUCAAUUGGCCUGUUGUAUAGCUACGUCUGUGUGUCUUUGUCUCCGGCUCUGUCCUUCUGUUGAACUCUCUUUGUUUUGUUGGGACAUACAGGGUAACACGACGGAGGAUAAUGGAGGAUUGACCGGUUGUGAUGGCGAAUUAGUAAGGCCUGUCCCUGCCUCACUUGUGGAAAUGUUUCUGUGUAAAUAGAUAACCUGUAGAUAUUAAUUAGCAGUUGUGGAGAGGGUGGUUAACCUACACCAGUUAAAGAGAUUCCAUUAAGAAUAUAUGAACACUUAAUAAAGGUUUUCACUGUUAAA